UGAAGGCGCCAUUCACCACGGCAGUGGCCUGGAAUUCCGGGGCGGGCUUUCCGAUGUGCGCGUUGCCGGAGGCCAUGACUGAAAGCUGAGACCCACCCCCCGCCCCCCGCUCCGGGUGAGUACGCCGGGGAAGACCCUUUGUCCCCGCUUCCCAAGGUCACGCUGCGUACCGGGCCCAGUUACUGAGUGAGAGCGGCGGCGGCGGCAGCAGCAGCAAUGCCCCGCACCCUCUCUGAGACCAGGUCUGCACUGGCCUGGAGAAUGUGGGAGACCCGCCCCCUUACACAGCUAGAGCGUCCCGCGGCGGCCGCCCGACCCUCCCAACCCUCCCGUUAGCGCGUAUGCCCGAGUGCUGGCGCGCAAGCCCACGGACCCAAGAGGGGACGCCGCGAGCUGGGGGCGGUGAGCCUGGGGAUGCGGCCUGUACUCCAAGCUCUGGCCUCGGUUUUCCCCGAAAGGACAAAGGCAGCCACUACUCCGGGCGGAAAACAAAGGCGGCCAACUCAGGUCUGGAUAGGGCCCGAGCUGCUCCAACCGGGCUCUCCCUGCAGCCCAAUGCACUCCAAGUGUCCAUACCUGCGUGGGCAAGGGCGGGACGCACCGACGAGGAGACUCAGGUACUCGCGUUCUCGGGGCCAAGCGCGCCCAGGCCCGGGGAGCCUUUUAUGCUCGGCCCGAACCAUGACGCGUAGGGCGGAGGGGUGGGCGGACGAGCGGUCGGGUCCACUGCAAGCGCAAGAGAGGGGAAACGGAGCCGGCCGGGUCCACGUGCCCGCAAGCGGCGGGGGGAGACGCGCGGCCGCGGAUCCCGACCUCUGCGCUAGCCCGCGAGGCUGGUGCCAGCGCCGCAGACUCCGCGCGGGGCUCCUCUUUGGAGCGCGCCGGCGUCGGUUGGAGUCCGGCAUGGCCCGGAGCCGGGCGGCGCUACUGCUGACGCCUCUGACGCUCCUGCUGCUGGCGACCUUUGCACAGGUCACCCCCGACUACCAGUACUUCGGAGAGCAGGGCGAAGGGGACACCUGGGAGCAGCUGCAGCUGCAGCAUCAGGAGAAAGUGUCUUUAUCUUCCUCCCUUCCUAGGGGGGGAUAUGUUCCCCCCCUACCUGGCCCUCCAUCCUUAGACUUGAAAGACUCCGUCCUUGGUCCGUGGGGAAAGUGGCGCUGUUUCUGCGACCUGGGCAAGCAGGAGCGCAGCCGCGAGGUGGUGGGCACAGCGCCCGGCCCGGUGUUCAUGGACAGCGAGAAUCUAGUGCAGGUGCGGCCCUGCAGGCAACGGGAUUGUUCAUCCUGCGAGCCGAAAGACUGCGACUGGAGGCCCUGAGCCCAGCCCCGGAGGGCGGAGCUCCAGAGACACCAGGGUGGAGCUUGGAAAGCGACCCGCCCACCCUGUUCCCCAAACCCAGGGAACACUGGUCAGCCUCGGGAACUACAAUUCCCAGGAAGCCACACGGCA